CGUUAGUUCCUUGGCCAUCCCUGAAACCAAUAAAAUAUGUCAUUCUUCUCGAAAUCUUACUCAAUGCGGUAUAUUCAGUGGGGAUGCCUGAUAUCGCAAAACCUGGGGUAAAAGACCAACUUAUCAGGAUAUCUCGGCAGAUUGGAGUGUUUGUAUGAUAAGAUGCCAAUGAAGGCAGUGUAGAUUGACGUGUGUUGGAGAUUUGUACAACGGUGGCCCCCUUUCCCUGGUAGGUCUUAUCAACGUAAGUGGCUCGGCCGUGUGACCUUGGAAACGAGUAUAUGAGUCAAGCGUUUUCUCCUCUGAUACUCCAACAAGAACACUUCAUCAUAACAGAACACGACAACGGCCAAGAUGACAUCUUCAACGCAGGAGGGCGCUUUGCAGCAGCGUCUCUCGACUUUGACCAUGGUUGCUAUGGCCUUUGCCAUUCUCAACACAUGGAUCGCACUCGCCGGUACUAUGGCUUACAUUCUCCCUUCUGGGGGCUCAGUCUCGUUUAUCUAUGGAUUCGUAGUCUGCGUUCUUUGUAACCUGGCUCUUGCUGCCAGUCUUGGAGAAAUGGCUGCAAUUUGGCCAACUGCAGGUGGACAGUAUCACUUCAUGUACGCCCUUUGCACACCACGAUGGAAACGCCCUAUGAGCUUCUUUAUCGGAUGGACCAAUAUCGCUGGUUGGUUGACUGUUGUUACAACUCAAGCUUUUUUUGCAGCCCAGCUGGUCUCCGCCGCAGCCGUCGUCGCCUCCGACAACGCAUACGAGGCAACACAAUGGAAGACAUAUCUCUUUUUCCUCGCCAUCCUCACCUUCGGAACGGUCGGCAACGUCUGGGGAAACAAAAUCCUCGGUCAUUGGAACGACAUGGCUCUGUAUUGGUCUGUCCUCUCGGUCGUUAUUAUGAGCAUCAUCCUCCUUUCCAUGUCGCCAAAGACAGAUGCUCGUCAAGUCUUUACAGAGUUCAGAAAUGAGACUGGCUGGUCAGAUGGUGUCGCUUGGAUCCUUGGCUUACUCCAGUCUGCCCUGUCGCUUAUUGGGUUUGAUGUUGUCCUUCAUCUGACUGAAGAGAUGCCCAACCCUUCACGAGAUGCACCUCGAGCUAUGGUGCUGGCCAUCGUCAUUGGUGGUGUCACUGGCUUCCUCUUCAUUCUAGUCAUCCUCUUCUGCCUCACCGACCCCGCAACAAUCCUCGCCUCAAACACCGGCAUGCCCAUCGUCGAACUCUUCCUCCAAAGCACAAAGAGUCGCGCCGCAGCAACCAUUCUAGCCCUCAUGCUAAGCGUCUGUUUCAUCAACGGCACAUCAGCUAGUAUCACCAGCGCAAGUCGUCUGCUCUAUGCCAUGGCCAGAGACAAGGGUAUCAUCUGCCAUAACUACUUUGCACACAUUGAACCCAAGCUCGAUGUCCCCGUCCGCACAAUCACCUUGUGUUUCAUUUUCAAUGUCCUUUUUGGACUCUUGUACCUUGGUCCUGCGGUGGCUUUCAGUGCUUACAUUGCUUCAUGCACCAUCUUCCUCAAUGUCUCUUAUGCUGGCCCUGUCAUUGCCUUGUUGGUGAGGGGUAGAAGUAUUCUUAAGGAAUACCAGACAAGAAAGACACCAGCCAGGAUGGGCUUGAGGACUGGUGCUGCCGUCAACGUGCUUGCAAGCGUCUUUGUCAUCGUCAUCACCAUCUUCUUCUGUUUUCCAACUGGCCUCCCCGUAUCAGCUAAUACUAUGAACUAUGUUUCCGCAGUCGUCGGUAUUUUCUACUUGCUCCUUGCCUUGUACUGGAUGGUCUAUGGUAAGACCUUUGAAGGCCCUAACUUCGAGGCCAUCAUUGGACAGCCCUUGCAGAUCAAAGGAGAGCACGAGCUGGAAGCAGUGCACAAGAAAUCUGAAACGUCAACAAAAGCCUGACUUUUAAUACGAUGUUUAUUGCGACUCAGAGGGUAGUUAUUAUAAUAAGACAUAUGCUCAGAUCAUUAUUACGAACACUGAUGAGAGACAAACAAUGACUUGCAAGCUUGCGACAAGCAAUACUCGACUG